AUGCGGUGCACGUUUUGUAUAUCGAGGAAAGAUAAAAUUCGCUACAAGCAAAUUUUUGACACCAUCGACACGGAUCACAAUGGCUACAUUGAUCUGUGCGAUUUCUGCAGGGCACUGAGUACCAUCUACGAAGAAAACACUGGUGAACGUUUACACGUUGAGGACCUAUACAAAAAGGCCAACAAGGAUCCUGAUUCUAAGAUGACAUUUAGGGAGUUUGUGUUUCUCAUGUCGGAUAUAGAGCGUGAUCUAAAAAUAGUCUUCAUAGACAUGAGUUCAGAUGGAGGUGAGAUUGAUGUAUAUGAGAUAAAAAAGUUUUUUGACAAGCAUGGCGUCUUAUUGACUGAUAAACAGGCUAAGAGUAUAAUAUCUGAGAUUUCAAAAAGUGGAAAGUAUUCAAUAAGCUGGGAGGAAUGGAGGACAUUCAAUCAGUACAACUUUUUCAGUGAUGCUAAAACUAUAGUCAAAUAUAUGAGGGAUUAUUCCGUUAGCUUUUUUAAAAUGGACCCAGAGGAAAAGUUGGAUGGAUGGAAGUUGCUGCUGUCAGGAGCACUGGCUGGAGUGGUUUCAAAAACUGUAACAGCCCCACUGGAACGACUUAAAAUUUGUUAUCAAAUUCAAGAGAGGCACAUGGGCCAGACGUCGUUGUUCACUGCAGUCAAAGAUAUAAUUAAGAAGGAAGGUUUCCUAUCGUUGUGGCGCAGUAAUGGAGUCAGCCUACUCAAGAUGGUGCCUGAUAACGGCCUGAAGUUUUAUUCUUUUGAAACUUUAAAGUUGAGGCAGGGCGAGAAUAGCAUAACUGUACCUGAGAAAUUUUUGGCUGGUUCCAUGUCGGGCCUCCUUGCUCAAUCCACUGUAUAUCCCCUUGAUGUUAUCAAAGUAAGAAUGGCUAUAGCUAAAACAGAUGAUUAUCAUGGUAUAUUUGAUUGUGCAAGACAGCUUUUCAAAAGUGGAGGUUUCAAGUCAUUCUACAGAGGUUUCGUGGUCAGUUCAUUUGGCAUGCUGCCCUACGCUGGAAUUGAACUCUGCGCCUAUGAGACACUGAAGCACACCUACAAAUUACGAUACCCUGAGGUUAACCACCCAGGCACGUUUAUAAUUCUUUCAUCAGGGGUCGUCAGUUGUCUAUGUAGCCAGGCUGCUGUUUAUCCACUGUCACUCCUUAGGACUGAAUUGCAAGCUGGAUGUACGUUGGUUGGAUUUUUCUCACUGGCCAAGGAGAUUUUUGUAUCUGAAGGAUUGAGAGGAUUCUACAAGGGUUUAAUUCCGUGUUUAACGAAAGUUAUACCGGGAGUCGGGUUGUCCUAUGUCGUUUAUGAGGAAACUAAAUUUGCACUAUCUGUCGUCUGA